GAGAAUGAAGCACCGCUGGUUCUCACUGCUGUCUCUUCUUCCUCCGUGCUCCUCCACGCACAGCGAGCGCGGAGCCGCGGAAUAGGCGUGUGUAUCUCCUACUGUUACUUCAACGAAGAUUGAAAACGUCGCACAGUGACUUUAAGGUGAACAGACUGGAACUUCGCUGCAUGCAGGCUAAAUGUGAGGCCGAUCCUCGUUUGAUCACCCUCCUACACACUCGUCUCAUCGGGUGCAACCACGUCCCAGCUUGAAACUUGAAAGUGCUGAGAGCAAGUUAUUCAGCCGGCGGUUUCUUCCUGACGACAUGGAACACCAUUUCCUGAUGAGUCUGUGGUGAGACCAGAGCAGCCCUGUCACGCCCACAGCGCCCCCUUUCGGCCCGGACGGCCCACCACGCCCCGGCGCCUGUGAAAGGGUACCAUGUCAGCCGUAGCAUGUCCCAGCACUCCUCCGGAGGCGGAGGAGGAGGAGGAGGAGGCUCCUGCCACUGGUCGCCUGAGGACUGCGACGGCCCGGGCAGAGACUACUACCAGGGUCACGCCGACGGCCACUAUUACACUCACGGGGGUCCGGCUGAAGCCCUGGCGCUGGAGAGGCACCAUUCUCACUCCCACUCCCACGGCCACUCUGGAGGGGGCACCUUCCCCCGCUCUCACCCAAACCAGCACCCGACUCACCAAUCGUUGGACUCCUGCGAAGAGUGCCUGUCCUCGGUCCACGGAGGCAAAAUGCACCGCAUUCCCCCCAACGUGGUAGAGCAUUUUGACAAGCAGGUGCCCUUCCAUCCCGACGGCUUCCACACGCUGCAGUACCAGCGCAGCGCCAGUGGGGGCGCUGAGCCACGCAGCGAGAGCCCCUCCCGCAUCCGCCACCUGGUCAACUCUGUGCAGCGCCUCUUCGCCAAGUCCCAUUCUCUGGAGGCACCGAGCAAGCGGGAGUACAACGGCACGAGGGGAGGAGGAGGAGGAGGAGGGGGCGGCGGCCACAGGAGUGGAGGGGAGGAUGGCGGAGGAGGCCACUACUCGGGUCACCAGCCUCGCUCCACCCGGCGGAGCAAGUCCCGGGAGCGAAGCAAGAGCGGAGACUCGCGGCACGAGUCGGGCAGGCGCCACCGCAGCAGGACAGCAGGCUGGUGGAGCUCUGACGACAACCUGGACAGCGACAGCAGCUUCCUGGUCAGCGGCGGCCGGCGGGGUUAUCCCAGCGGGCACGAGAGCCUGGACGCGGCCAUCCAGGAGCUCACCAUGAAGAGGCCCAAGGAGCGCGGCGGUGGUGGGCCGGUGCCUGGAGAGUGCAUGGCCUGUACCACGAUGGCUCUGGCUGGGAGUGAAGGAGGGGGAAGUCAGGGGCACCUGGGCCACUCCCUGAAAAGGAGCACGUGGUCCGCCAUGACAGUGAGUCAGGCCAGAGAGGUGUACCCGUCUACCAGGGGAGCGAGCUACGAGAAAGCCCUGGUGCCCUUGGAGAGUAAGCUGAAGGAGAGGACCUUCCACUACUUGCAGGUCCCUUCCGACGACUGGGGCGGCGGAUACGGCGGCGGUGACGGCGGUGGGGAGAUUCCGUGCCGCCGCAUGCGCAGCGGCAGCUACAUCAAGGCCAUGGGCGACGACGACAGCGUGGACUCGGACACCAGCCCGAAGACCUCGCCCAAGUCCACCCUGGUGGCCCAGAGGGACGCCUUCAGACGAUCCAUCAGCAUGGAUCAAAGGUACUCGUGUAAGCAGUGUACCGACUCUUAUCCCAACAGCCGAACCACACCCAAAACCCAGACCCGCUCUCGUAGCUACACCCGCUCUCUGACCAGCUCACAGCUGGGAGACACGUUGAACCGCCAGUUCGAGGCGGUGUGUGAGACCAUGUUUGGAGAGGUGGAGUCUCAAGCUGUCGAGGCUCUGGACCUUCCGGGUGUGUUCCGCACUCGCAGCCACAGCUACGUCCGCGCCAUCCAGGCCGGCUGCUCCCAGGACGACGACUGCCUCUCGGUCUUCUCCAUGUCCGGCCCCCAGGGAAGCAUCAAGGGCGGCGCCGUCUAUCGCUUCUUCUUUCCAUAUCGUAAAGGUGCUCCUCCCCCGCUGCCGCCUCGCAUGUCCAAGUCUUCACUGUCGGUGCGAGCCCAGAGCAGCACCGAGUCCAACCAGGACGCCUACUACCAGAGCGCUGGGCAGUUGGCUUCAAGCUCGGGCCCCGGGCGUCCCAAGCAGCACAGCAACUCCGUGGACCUGGGCAGCUCCGAUGGUCCCUCGGGUCGCUCCUCCAGGGGGGGCUACUACACCGCCGCCGGCCCCGGACGUUCCCGACAGCACAGUAACUCGGCAGAGAGCCUAGACGGGGUCAGGGGCUCGCGGGAGCUGGUGCCCUACGGAGGGGGCCCAGGGGUGAGGGCCAAGCACAGCAGCUCGGCCGACAGUCUGCUGGAGGGGCCACCGAGGCCGGCCAGGGAGAGGGACGGCAGGGUCGCGGGCAGCCUGGGGAAGUCGGUGUCUCUGCCCCAGAACAGCAUAGUGCUCAGUAAGGCCGGGGGGCAGGACGGGAGAAAGUGGAGGCCAUCCAUAGCUGUGCAGGUGGACAGCUCAGAGACUCUGUCGGAUUCAGACGCAGAGGGAAAGGCUCUCACAGAGGUCCACUCUAUAGGGGUCCAAGUGGAAGAUGAUAAAAGGCGGGCUCGUUUCAAGCGCUCCAACAGCGUGACGGCGAGUGUGCAGGCCGACUUGGACCCCGAGGGCUUCCCGGGACUCAGCAUCGCCGUGCCCACGCAGGACAAGAGUCUCCAGUUCGGCUGUUCCUUCCAGAGGCACUCGUCGGAGCCGGAGUCCGCCAGCCAGUACACGGAUUGCCACCGCACAGUCCACACGCAGGGCCAAUGGGCCUACAGAGAGGACUUCCUCCAGAGUGGCUACACCACACAGGCCUGCCAAGCCGACCCGCGGCCCCACCAGCACCCACACUUGCCUCCACGUUCCCACUCCCCUCUGCCCAUCACCUCCGAGAGAGCUUGGGCGGGGACUCCGUCCCUGGAGGGCCCCCGGAGUCUGCCCGACUCGGGGCGAGCGUCGCCCUGCAUGAGGGACGGAGAGUUUUUCUUGCGCCUCCUGCAGACCGAGGUGGAGAGGAUGGAGGGCUGGUGCCAGAACAUGGAGCGAGAGGCAGAGGAGAACGAACUGCCAGAGGAGAUUCUCGAACUGAUACGAAACGCAGUUGGCAGCGCCCAGAUGCUCAUGUCUCAGAAAGUUCAGCAGUUCUUCCGCCUCUGCCAACAAAGUGUGGACCCUUCAGCCUACCCCCAGCCCACCUCUCAGGACCUGGCAGGCUUCUGGGAUCUGCUCCAGCUCAACAUAGAGGACGUCAGGAUCAAGUUUCAGGACCUCCAGAGGCUCAAGGACUCUGGUUGGAGGCUCCCGCCUGAAAAGAAGGAGGAUAAGAAACUUCCUCCUCCCUUACCAAAGAAGUCAGCGGGCGGGGUGAGCGGCAGCCUCCGGGCCGAUAGCGUCGGGGACGCCGGAGGAGGUGGAUCGGGUGGCCUGGUGGUGCCUCGCAUUGGGGGACAUACCUUACCCAUCAGGGAGAAGUCUCUGGACCUCGGGGACCGUCAGAGGACGGAAGCGAGGAGGAGGCUGCUGCAGACCAAGCGCACCGCCUCCUUCAGGCAAAACUCGGCCACAGAGAGCGCAGACAGCAUCGAGAUCUACAUCCCCGAAGCCCAGACUCGACUCUGAAGACUGCGGUGUCUCACGCACUCCCGGCACCCGAGCUGACCGGCACGCCGACCCUCAGUCUUCUCUCCGAUCCCAGUAUGGGAUCCUCCGCAGGUCAUCACGUUUUUCUCCACCUUCCUCCCUUCAGCAUAUAGAACACUUCGCUUACAACAACCACAGAAUUAACUCCUCUUGCUCAUUAAAUGAGCAAUGACAGCCAUUAUAGUGUCUUGAAAUUUGGACAUUUUUCUGACACAGAGGCCUCAAUGGGAAAUGGUAGCUAGCGGACAUGAUUUAUCAACUUUUCAAAGAAUACUCUGAAUUUCCUUUUAGCUCACAAACACGUAACAGUCCACUUUUAUAACCGUAGUCAGUAGUCAGUGGAGGUUCACGCAGUAGUAGCAUGCCUGUGCGCGUUCACCUAGCACUUCUAUAUCAUUGAAAAUUAAGGGCUUAAGGCACAAAACCUCUGUGGAGACGGCGAAAUAACAGAAUCUCCCUUGGGAUCCCCUUUUGCCAUCUUCUGAAUGCCAUUUGCAGCAGAAUCAACUGCGAUAUAGCCACACUCUCCACCGAUGCUACCACUACGGAUGAAUAAACAUGGACUUAUUUCCAACCAUGAGUUUGAAUGCCCUUAAAGUCAGAUGGUUGGCGAUCCCCAAAGAACAUUCUCCAAGCAUAGUCAGUCCACUGCAGCUGGCACUUUUCACCCCGGUGCCAUCUGCCCAGCCAGGCACCCUGUCAAAGGAUAUAAAACUAUUUUCUGUCUCUUCCCCUCAUUCCCCACGUCCCGUGCACCCAUCGAUUACCCACAGUGAUGCCGCUUGAAUGUGCAAGUGCUAUUUGUACAUAGUGUGCACAAUCGUGUUUGCCAAAAAGAGCUUUUGCUGUGUGGCGUCGCAGCCUCGACAGCGACGGAGCAUGACGGACGACCGUUUGCUUUUUCACAAAGUCUCUCUGAAGUUUCGAGUGUUCAGGGGUUGGGUUUGCUGGGAGUUAAUAGGGAGGAGAAUAUUUUGGUGGCUUUUUAGGACUUUACUGAGAAGGCCCCCCUUUCACUGUGAGACUACACCACCACCAAGUGGUCAAACGAGGACCUAAAACCAACUACAGUGGUGCGUAGAGAGUCCUUUCCGCCUGUGUCAGGAAUUAAGACACGCUGAUAAAACCGUCUUUUUAUCAGUUCUUUCUGCUCUCUUCUCUUGAAUAUUCAAAGGCGACUUUCUCGUGACACGUUUGCAUAAUUGCAAGUUUUAUGUCAGCGGAACACAAAGUAAUGGGGGAAAGCAGAGCUGGGAAAGUCUUCAGCAAAAUCCACAAGGCGGACCUGAAGUGCGAUCCUCUCGGUUUCUCGCACCGCUGAUGAACGAAGGAAGGAUUUUGUUUUUUUUCCUCGAGUCGAGAAAGCACAAAAGGGAGUCGUAUUUAACGCAGCUUCUUCCACAGCCCGUCCAAAAAGUCAUCCGAGAGAGGAAACCAUCCGUCGUGAAAUGAGAGAAGAGAAGCAACUUGAUAGCGUUUGGUAUUUAUGCUGAGAUUAAGUUACACUUGUUAUGAAUGGAAUGAUACUAUAUGUUAGUUGCACUGUGUGUUCAUAUCUCUUCCUCUUUAUUCACUUCUUGAAAUCAUACUCUCCACGGAAAACAAAGCGUAGCAUGAUUUUAGAGGUCUUAUUUAUUUAUAUCGAAACCGAUAUUUCAUAUGUAAGUGUUCUGUACGGAUGGUGCCCAGAGGUGUGUCUGUGUGUAGUGUGAAUAAGAAGGGCUGCGUGUCGACGGACAUGUGAUGAAGCCCAGUGAAAAGUCCAAAUCAGAAGUUUUAAAGACCUAAAACACAAAGUAAUCUUUAAGCAUGACCUGUUUUAUUUCUCUUUUUUUAACAUUUGGGUGUAAAGUGUUGGCAAAAUGGGAUAUUUUAAUGAGAGAUGUAUAUUUUAUAAUAUAAUCGACAUUUCUAGAUUAGUAGAGACUAUUGAGUACAGUAUAUGUACAAAAACAGCAUAUAUCAAAUGUGAAAAACUACAAUAUUAUUAUGAUAGAUUAUAGCAUUGUCUGAUACUAAAGCUGUGUGGCAUAUCCAGACUCAGUACAAUUUAAAAAAUAAUUCCAAUCGAUUAUUAUCUAGUUUUGGGGUACUGGGUCAGGUUCACAGGGUAUAAAUGGCCAGAAUUAAUUGCCAUGUAGGAUCCUCCUUUGGCCUACUGUAUAUCUGUCUGUGGUUCUAACAACAUAUACUGCUGUAUCGCCUCCCUGUAUUCCCCCUUUAGAACCACCUACAUGUGCCUAACCAGCUAUAUGUGGAGGUUUCCUUUGAACACAGUUUACAGUAUAUAUAUAUCUAUAUAUAUACACAUAUAGAAAGAUAUGUACAUAGAAAAAGUAUGAAAAUCUGCAGAGUAUUGUUAAAGAAAAUGUUUUUAUCGUACUGACGCUCCAUCCUUUGUCUCCUUAACUCUCACUUGCAAUACACACAGAAGACUGGCAGAUUUUGUGAACAUUAAUACUGCAUGUUUUAUGUCAACCUCCUUUGAGAAGUUUAGUAGAGUCACGUUUUGGACCGAUAACAGCAAAGCUAAUUUUGUAGCUUGUAGACACUUUUUGUGAUUGAAAACAAUUUAUACAAUGCCGUUGUCUGAGUGACUCAUGCCUUUUGAACAAAGAUGAUUUUGAUUUGAAUCUCAGCUUAUCAAUUGAACAACCUCCACGUAAAACAAGCUGCCCUGACAAUGAAAAGCAGGGCGGAGAAUCAGACCUGUUUCAUUUAUUUGCAGCAACGUGGGUUUGCCGAGCAGCCUUUCCUCUUUUUUUUUUCUUUUCCCCCCACAUCUUUUUCCUCUGUAACCCUCAAACGUCACAACAUCAUCAAACAAAGCACAAAUACCUGCUUUUAUACUGUUAACCCACUGUGAAGGCCUCUUGACUCCACCCUCACAAUCCUCAAACCUACACACAGAGGGAUGGCAAGGUCGGCCUUGAGGAACACCAGGAAUCAAAGAUGCUUUGUUGGAUGUUUAUCCACCGUAGCAACUACUACUACUUCUUCAAUUCUAGCUGACUCUCUCCUUUAUACUUUUGAUCAAACAUCGAGGUGUUUGCCAGCCACCUUGCCUUGAAACAGGUCCAUUGCAAACACAUUUUGGCUGGUUUGAUUUCCAUACCGUUUUUGUAUUUUACUAAAUCCCUCGGUCCGAUAUCUUCACAGUAUAAAUGCAGGAGGCCUCAGCUAGAAAUAGCACCUGGGUGUGUAGUUGUACAAACGUCAUCUGAACACGCCAGACCGACUACUAUACAAACCCUUUCACCUCUAUUUAGAAGUGCAAAAACGCCCUCGCGGAUCGGCCAGACGGACGAGUCGGCUCCGACCGAAGUCCUCUGUCCUCGGGGGAUUCUCUCAGCCAACGGACCCCGAUGACACAGGACCACAUCAGCCCUGCAGGAAUGCUCUCCAUAUUCUCGAGAACGAAAGGGGAAAUCGCCUCAUCCCAGAUGAUCUUGCCAUUCUCCAGUAGCCAUUAUAUCGAGACCGCAGAGCGACCCGAAUCCCAGACAGGGAGAGAAAGUGAAAAAGAAACGUUGGUGGAGGCCAGAGCUUUGUUGUAGCCGAUGUGUGUGGGCUGUAUUUUGUGCAUCUGCGACAAAGUGGAGCAGGAGGGCUGCCGUAGCAGCAUAUUGGAGUUUCAGUUAUGUGGAGGCAGAGCUGCUCUGGAAGAAAAAGAAGCCAAGGAGAUUUGGCUCGUCAUGUCUUGUUUGGCGGAGGCAUUUGUGUGGGACCUUUUGGGGAUCAUCAUUUUAAUAUACAGGAUAUUAAUGAGAUGAAAAACAUGCUUUGUUUCCUGUGGAUCUCUUAGGGGAAUGAUUUCAUUCCAGUGGCGGACCCUGCCAAUAAUACUGAAGUACUAUUUAGAAAAGGAAUUGCAGAAGGUAGAUACGUUAAAUUUCUGUUGAUGAGAAGAAAAGCCAACCACAAACCGAUUGAAAGGUGUGGAUUUCUUUUAUAAAAAUCGAUAAUCAUAUCUUUACAUUUUUAUUUUGAUCAAACGUACUUAAUAUAUCAUGUUUGGCUCCGUUUUACUUCCUUCUGCCUCCAGAGCAGCUCUAACCCGGGAGAUACUCGACUGAAACUCCAAUGUGCCUUUAGCACUGAGGUGUAAUUGUGUUUGUAUGUGCGUGUCUGUUUAUUUGAACUGCAACGUUACUUCAGAGUAAACACACAGGUAACAACGAGGGGCGGCGACAACUGAGCAAUUACUGUGUAAUUAACAAAAAAUUAUAUCCAGCCACCCUCACGUUUACAAAAAAUGUAAAUAAUAUGUUGCCAAUUGACAUUGCUAUUCUCAAUAUAUUGUUAUUACAAUAUGAUUAUUAUCAGUAGUAGCAGUAUAAUUAUUGUCAUUAAAAGGAUUCAUUAUUGCCAUCACUCAUUAUAAACGGUGUUGUCGACUAUAGCUAUGGGUAGACAUUGUUCCAUAUUCAAGAGCAAGUCUUGUGUACAGAAACAAAGAACUAGUUUAUUUUACGAUUAAAAGUGCUUUGCUGCUAAAAGGGAGGUGGAGUACAAGUAAAUCAAAAGUGACAAUAACUCACACAUUUUUCUCUGGGAUCGAGGAAGGACACUCCCGACAAAGAGUGAGAGAUGGCAGGAGGAAAGUGGGCGUUGAACAGAUGGACAUCCAAACUUCUUUCGCCAUGUGCAUUUUUUCCCGUUGCCGUUGUCCCGCCAGGAGGGAAAAAAACAACAACAUGGACGUCCGACCAAUACAGACUCUCCACAUUCUACUCUAUAAUGUAGCAGAAACUUAAAUAUAGCCCCUUGUUGUCCUCUCAUCUGUUCCUCACUCUGAGUUUUAAUCAAACGGGUUUGAUACAGCGAGCUUUUCUGUCUUCAAGCUCAGCUUUAUCUUGAGUUCUCUUGUUUUAUACACGUUUGAUUCAGUGCCAAGACAGCAUAUUGUACAUACAAACAUUACAUGUUCAUGUUUUUAUUUCUCGCCUAUAAAAAAAAAAUCAAACAAACAAGUGACUGGAGCACAUAGCAAUAGCGAUGCCAUUAGACAUGAACUUCGCUUGGUGAUGCCGCCGUGGACACGCAGGAUGCAUGAGAACACCAGGGAGACGGACACGUGCCCGACGCCAGCGGAAGGGCGUCCGCACAGCGAAGUGUGUAAACCAUGAUUCGGGUGGGUUGUGUUGUGGUUCACCUUUUGUACAUACAAAUGUGUUCAUUGAUCUUGUACGUUCCAUGGAUCUAGAUGUGUCCGAGGAGCACGUCUGAUGGCGCUGAUGCCCGGAGAGGUGGCACACUGUGACGUGGUUUACCCCAACACAGAAUGUAACACUGUCAACGUUGUCCAAACAUUUUCUAAUGGCUAAUAUUAGUACUAUUAAUAUGAUUAUUAUAAAGCUAUUUUAGCGAGUUAAA